UCUCAACAAUAAAACAAUAAGAUUAUAUAAUGUUAUUGUAUGCCAUUGUCUUUUUGAGUAUAAAUAUUGGGAGCAGCAGCACGAAUAUUAGUUAAAGCUUGUAUUUCAAAGCAUUAAUUAUAAUAAUAAUUCUCCACGAAAAGAAAAAUCCUAGCUUCUUUUUAAAAUGGCUAAAAAUUACGCAACAGUUUUGCUAUUAGUCUGCUUGUCAUUUAUAGUGAUAAUUUCUUCACCGCAAAAUGCAGUCCAAGCAGAUAAGCUCAUUGGAAGCUGUGUUUGGGGUGCAGUUGAUUAUACUUCCAACUGCAACGGUGAGUGCCAACGACGUGGGUACAAAGGAGGCCACUGCGGAAGCUUUGCUAAUGUCAACUGCUGGUGUGAAACAUAAUCAACAGAUCCGAUCAACUAAAAGCUAAAUUUCGGAUUAUUGCUAUUACUCGUUCUACUGGCUAUUGAGUAAAUCCGACACUAUAUUAUUAUAACUAUUCUGAAGAUAACCCAAAAAAAUUUAACAGUUAUUUAAUUAUGAUUAGAUUAUAGUGGAUAUUUAGCUACGAAUCAUUCAAUUAUUUCAUUUAUUCACA